AUGACUGGGAAUAUAAACAAGGAGAAUGUGAUUGAGUUACUGAGUAAAAUCCAAAUCACAGAGAGAGGGAAAAGACAAGUAAGACUACUGGAACUGAUGUCUACACCUGUGUUACAGAAAAUGGUAAAACUGAAAAUGUCUGAUUACAGAACACGGUCUACAUUGAUAAAAGGAACAAACACAUGGGAGCCAGUGUUUGUCUUUUCCUCCGCCGCCAAUGGAGAUCUACUAGUCUGCAUGCUCCGUUAUGUUGACAAGACAGGCAAGGUAAACCGUUACAAUAGAACAGGACAAUACAUAGAGACAAUACAACUCGACAACAAGGGUCAGCAUCUGUACAGUGUACCUAGAUACAUCACAGAGAACCGCAAUAAAAAUGUCAUUGCGUCUGACUCUAACCAGAUAGUUGUUACAGAUGAUGGAGGAAAACAUCCCUUCUCUUACACAGGACUUCCAUCAGAAUCACAGCUAGAAACAUAUGGAAUCUGCACAGACGUGCUGUUAAAGACCUUCUUAAUUAUGGGAUCAGGAUUAAGCGCUAAGUGUGGAGUCCGGCAUUGUUCUACGUGUAAAGGGGGCAUUGAAUAUUACUGCAAUACGUGUAAACAUGACAUGUGUGGACAAUGUAAAGAACGACAUUCUAUUGAUCUAGAUACCAUGUACCAUGAUGUUGUGAUUUACGAAGAACUUCAGAUGAUUUUAACGCGCGAGACCUGUAUAAGACAUCCAGACAAAGUGUAUGAAGAAUACUGUUCUUCAUGUAAUCUCCCAGUCUGCGCCAAGUGUGAAAAACACGAAAAACACUCAACACUCGACAUUAGAACAGCGUAUAAAGAAAAACUUGAAGAACACAGAGACAUCCUUCUAAGGAUCAGAAUUGAAAAUAUCUAUAACAGCUGUUUACUACUGUCAAUCAUCAAUACUGAAAAAAUCAAUAUUUUCAAACUGAAACUAAAAAUGUUGACAAAAGCCAAUAGUCUAAAUGAUCUCAUUGACACGAUGAUGUGUGAUAUGACAGUCAGAUUGAGAUACAAAAAUCGCAUGAGGCAUAGAUGGCAACAACAGAUGAGAACUCUUGCCAGCAUAGAAAUUUAUGAAUACAGAUAUAAAGAGUCAACAAACAGAGCGGUGAAAUUCCUCUUAUAUCUAAAAAACACGUUUUUCCCUAAGAUAACUCCUAAUCUCACACAAAGAUAUAUGGAGGAUGUGACUGAAUUUAUAACUGAAACCAUAAUCAUUGAAAGGGGACAGAGACAAGUAAGAAAUGAGGAUCUGCUGGAACUGAUGUCUACACCUAUGUUAGUCAGAUCUGUUAAACUGAAAACGUCAGGUCUUGUUAUGCACAUUUCUCGCCUUACGUCAGACCGGUUCUGGAUAAGUGUUAGACACAAUUAUAUUAUUGUGUUCAACUUGAUUAACACAGAAAAGGGCAUUUUGCAUCAGCAGACAAGUGAGGCUUUUAAUGAAUAUACUAUGUAUGGAGCACACACGGUGAACAAAGAUGCAUGGAAGCCAUUGUGUGUUUAUUCCUCCACCCUAAAUGGAGAUCUACUGGUCGGGAUAUUUAGUAAUGUUGAACAGGGAGGCAAGAUAAACCGCUACAAUAACACAGGACAGCACGUACAGACGAUAGAACAUGACGACAAGGGUCAGCAACUGUAUAGUGAACCUAGAUACAUAACACAGAACUGCAAUGGAGAUGUUAUUGUGUCUGACUUAGACCGUGUAGUAGUGACAGAUCGUGAAGGAAGACAUCGCUUCUCCUAUACAGGUCCCCUAGGAGAAUCACGAGUACAACCAUAUGGAAUCUGUACAGACGCGCUGUCACACAUCCUGGUGUGUGAUUGGAUCACCAACACGGUGUAUAUAAUAGACAAAGAUGGUGUUGAAGUAACUGACUAG